AUAUGCCGUCUUUUACCCUCCAUCAGCCUCACUAUGCCCUCUCCUUGCAGCUAUUUAUGGUGGACAACGCAGCUGAUGACUGGAGGAUAGCCAUGACAUAUGAGCGCAUCUUCUUCAUCUGCCUGGAGAUCCUGGUGUGCGCCAUACACCCCAUCCCCGGGAACUACACCUUCACCUGGACAGCACGCUUGGCCUACUCCUAUGUGCCAUCCAAGACGGAUGCGGACGUGGACAUCAUCCUGUCCAUCCCCAUGUUCCUGCGGCUGUACCUCAUCGCUCGCGUCAUGCUGCUGCACAGCAAGCUGUUCACCGAUGCGUCGUCCCGCAGCAUUGGGGCACUCAACAAGAUUAACUUUAACACACGCUUUGUGAUGAAGACCCUCAUGACCAUCUGUCCCGGCACUGUGCUGCUGGUCUUCACCAUCUCGCUAUGGAUCAUCGCUGCAUGGACAGUGCGAGCUUGCGAGAGGUGCCUGGAUCAGUUUCUCAUGCUAUGCCGUGCCGCUCAGCAUGAAACAUAGAUAAGGAAUAAAAAUAGAUAGCGUACAGACGUCCUAGCUCACUCUGUGUCUGAACAUCCAGAUAGAAGGAUUUACAAAUGCUGUAAGGAGAGAUUGCAGAAUCCUGACAGAGCAGUUGAUACUCUCUUUUUUCCUUCUGUUUCUAAAAUGAGUUUUAGCUGUGAGGAGAAGCUGGAGUGCAGCAGCUUCUGCAGGUGCAUGAAGGC